AUGCAUCAGCCAUUUCAGUAUGACACGGAUGUUCUCAUUGUCGGGGCUGGCCCGGUCGGCAUGCUGCUGGCAUACCAACUUGACCGUCUAGGCAUCUCAUGCGUCAUUGCAGAACGCAACCUCGGAACCACAAAAUGGCCGAAAAUGGAUCUGACCAACUGUCGGAGCAUGGAGAUGCUUAGGGUGCUUGGACUGGCGAAUGACUACAGGGCGCAGACGAAUGCUGUCAGCUCAGACGCAAACUAUAACUCGGUCUUCAUCACAAGUUUGUCGAGUGAAGGGACCUUGCUUGCUGACUGGAAACUUCCGUCGGUUAAUGAACAUCGCGAAUAUAUCAAGGCACACAACGACGGGACACAACCCGCGGAGCCUGGUCAACGGUGCUCGCAGAUCGUUUUUGAAGCUUGGCUUAAGGAGAUUAUUUGCGAAAGACCGAAUGUGACGACUAGAAUUGGAUGGACGUACACGCACCAUGUUGAAACAGACAAUGAAGCAGUGGCUACUUUCAUCGAUAGUACUGGCGCAGCGCAGACAGUCCGGUCUCGCUAUCUGGUAGGCUGUGACGGUGGUAGCAGUAAAGUCCGGAAAUCCACUGGAAUUCAAAUGCUCGGGGGUCAAGUUCCCGCACGGUUCCACCUGACUCACUUCAGGUCCGCAGAGCUAGCUGAAAGACUGCAUUUCGGGCGUUUCUGGCAUGCAUUUCCAGUCGGCGCCGGAUUUGUCAUUGACCAGGAUGAGAAAGACACCUUUACAGCACACUAUCCGCUGACUGGUGGAGUCACCGAUCCCACUGACCCAUACGAAGUCGUCUACAAAGUUCUUGGAGGGUGUCUUGGAGAGUGGCGGAUCAAGAUCGAUGAAAUUCUCGUCCAUAGCGAGUGGCAGCCGAGCUUCAGUAUUGCAGAGAGGUAUUGCACACAUGGUGGACGCGUGAUGCUCGCUGGAGAUGCAGCGCACAGAAACCCGCCCCAUGGCGGCUACGGAAUGAAUAGCGGAGUUAUAGACGCAGUUGAUCUUGGAUGGCGACUCGCCGCAGUUAUCAAAGGAUACGGAGGUGACGCACUGCUGAAGGCAUACGGUGUUGAGCGACGCCCGAUGAUGAUUCGGGCUCUUCAGCGAUCCCAUCGCCACGUUCUCGAGCACGUCAAACUAGGAGCUUUAUACAACCAACACUUGGACAGUUUGACGGGUAACUCAUCUGAAGCCGAACGAAAGCAUGCACUAGAGGUCGUGAAGAAUUAUAUCACCACGUCAGGACCCGAAACAUUAGACCGUGGUAUUGAGCUUGAUCUCAGGUACGAUCAUUCGCCAUUUAUCUAUCCCGAUGGUACACCACCUGUUCCAUGGGAAGUGGGAAAAUAUGCACCAAGCACUCGGCCAGGCUCUAGAGCACCCCAUGUGUUCUUGAAGGAUGGAAGCACUAGCAUUUACGACUUCUUUGGGGUGGAGUGGACCUUGAUACAUUUCGCCGGAGAGAAUGAGGCGGAUAGUGCCAGCACAUUUUUGGACGCAGCAGAGAAAAUGGGCUUUCCUUUGAAGUAUGUUGUACUCAGGGGAGAGAAUCACGUUCACAGCGUAUGGGAGCGUAAUAUUGUGCUUGUGAGGCCAGACACGCAUGUUGCUUGGAGGGCAAACAAAGGACCGUUGUCACCAGAGGAAGCAGAAAGUAUCCUGCAGGUCGUCUCGGGGAAUCAACAAUGUCCAGGAUACACCGAGUCCGAAGAACUCUCCCAGGCAGAACAAGAAUUCCUCAAGACCGCAGAAGUAUUUACAGGCAAGAGCAGCAGUGAUAAACUAGCCAUCAGUGGUGAGGAGGAGACUGUUUGA